AGCCCGGACGUGGCUCGGCUUGGUCUCUCUCGGUGGCUGGCGAGGCGGCAGGAGGAUGGCAGUGCCCGGCUGGGAGCGCGCCGCCCGGAUCCUGCUCUGCGCCGCGGGCUUGGCGCUGUCUGUUUACGCCUUCCACGUGGAGACCUCCAAGGAGCGGGACGCCUCCUACCAGGCCAUGUGCGACAUCAACGCGGCCAUCAGCUGCUCCCGCGUCUUCACCUCCAGGUGGGGUCGUGGUUUUGGCUUGGUGGCAGGCCUCUUGGGACCUCACAGUGUGUUCAACCAACCUAAUAGCAUUUUUGGGAUUGCAUUCUACCUUUUGCAAAUACUUCUUGGCUUCUCCAACAGCAGUCUGGCAGCCAUUACUCUGUUGGGCUCUUCAGUAGUCUCCAUCGCUGGCUCGCUCUACCUGGCCUACAUCCUCUUCUUUGUGCUCCAUGACUUCUGUGUGAUUUGCGUUACUACAUACGUCCUUAACUUUGCCCUCCUGUUUCUCAACUACAAGCGACUGGGCUACCUCAACCAGACCUGGCAGCACCACAAGGCCAAGGCCAAGAGGAAAUGAAUAUGAUGGCUCCUUAGACUGGAAAGUUCUGUGAGGAUAAAACUUCAUCUCGCCUACCUCAUAGGUAUUUCUAUGAGCAACGCCCUUUCAUAUAAUGUUAGUACACGUAUUUAGCCUGGGAACCAUCUCCAUCCCUUAGAUAAAUGAGAUCAGAUCGUUCAACAUUCCAUUUGUCUAACCAAAUUAGGACCCUGGUGUCUGUUCUGGAACUCUAAUGCUUGCCAUAUUUGGUUAUGCAGACCUAAAGAGAUGUAAUCAUAUCUCAUUUUUUUAAAAAAAAAUAUAAAGCUUAUUUUUAUAGUUCUUUGCAUAGCUCCUUUCCAAAACUUGUUUAAACAAACCAGUUUGUACUAUUGCUCUUCCUAAUAACUUUUUUAAAAUAUUGAAGAAGUGGCACUAAGGGCUGUUAAUGACUGUUUUUAAUUGUGGUCUAGGUGUGCUCUGCUUGCAACAGGAAGGCAUUCUGGAACACACCAUAAAAAGCAUGGAUACAGACAAAAUAGAUGUUUUGUAUUCCAGUAGUAAGUACAACAAUGAUGGUAUAGUUCCUCCUGGUUAACCACCAUAUUUUGAGGCUUACUUGCAUAGUUGAUAUUUUCCAUCAUCAAUGACUGUUUUGUACAUGAUCCAGACAUGUAAAGUAAGCUGAGGCACACUGCCUUACACAGCAGAGUGCAGUUAACCUUUAAAAAGGUUGCAGAUAGUAUUAGUUUUUUUUAAUGAAUAAAAAUGCUAGACAUUUCAGAGAAAUUAAAAAUAACUUAAACCUG